AUGGACAAAGGUGAAGAUGCAUCUAAUACAGUCUCUAGCAUGCAGAAGAUGCUCCAUAUCUGGGAACGAAUGUUGUUAUUUGCUUUUCGGCUUCCCUCCUGUCCAUUCUCUGCUCUUUACUACCCCCAGCUCAAAUAUUUCCUGGGGUACAGUAAAGGCAUUGUUCCUCCAACUAAUGCUAAUUCUAGAAGGCUAGGCGGUAGCCCUUUCUCUGCCUUCCUCACUCAUCUUCAGAGUUCUUGGCCACCAGCAAAGUUCCAGCGCCACAACCUCCAGCCCUCCUGCUCCCUAGAGGCAGCCGCGUUAACAGCUCUGUUUCAGGAGUUCUCUUGUCUCGCUGGGAAAAUUGAUCUCUGCUGCUCGGACUCUGGCUCCUUUUCUUCUCUCCUUCCGACUCUGGACACUAGGAUAGGAGGCGCCCAGCCUGAGGAACACUCCGCCCGCCGAGGAGCUUCCUCUGCCGGGCAGCCUCUCCGCCCCGCGCGCUCAGCGGCGGAGCCCUCCUCCGCACCCCGCGCCGGGCCCUGCGCCCUCCGCGGCCUCCUCCGCCAGGCAGCCUCUGCUGCGCGCCACCCGCGCGCGUCCGCCCACCACCCCUCCCCCCCCUGCCAUAACGCCACUACGGUGGAGAAGGGCCACUCGGCGACAAUGGGCGGGGUGCUCUUCAGCGCCGGCCUCCUGGGCAACCUGCUGGCCCUGGCGCGCCGUGGGCGGGGCCCGGCCCCGCCGCGCCCGCCGCCCUCGGUCUUCUACGUGCUGGUGUGCGGCCUGACGGUCACCGACUUGCUGGGCAAGUGCCUCAUCAGCCCGGUGGUGCUGGCUGCCUACGAGCAGAACCGGAGCCUGUGGGGGCUGGCGCCCGCGCCCGGCAACCCGCUGUGCCAAGCCUUCGCCUUCUUCAUGUCCUUCUUCGGGCUCGCCUCCACGCUGCAGCUCCUGGCCAUGGCGCUGGAGUGCUGGCUUUCCCUGGGGCACCCCUUCUUCUACCGACGGCACAUCACGCUGCGCCGCGGAGUGCUGGUGGCGCCCAGCGUGGGCACCUUUUCCUUGGUUUUCUGCGCGCUGCCCUUUGCCGGCUUCGGGAAGUUCGUGCAGUACUGCCCCGGCACCUGGUGCUUCAUCCAGAUGGCGCACGAGGAGGGCUCGCUGUCGGUGCUGGGCUUCUCUGUGCUCUACGCCAGCCUCAUGGCGCUGCUGGUCCUCGCCACCGUGCUGUGCAACCUGGGCGCCAUGCGCAACCUCUACGCUAUGCACCGGCGGCUGCGGCCGGACGCGCCCGCCCGGACCGUGCCCUUCCCCAUGUGCUCCCUGCCUUUAGUCUAUCGCGCUUACUAUGGAGCAUUUAAAGCAAUUGAUGAGGAAAACAGAAGCUCAGAAGAAAAGGACGACCUCUUAGCCUUGCGUUUUCUAUCUGUGAUUUCCAUCGUGGACCCUUGGAUUUUCAUCAUUUUCAGAACUUCAGUAUUUCGGAUGUUUUUUCAUAAGAUUUUCAUAAGACCUCUUAUGUACAGAAAUUGCCACAACAAUUCCUGCCACACUAACACAGAAUCCACCCUGUGACAGUGCUUUACACUCUGGUAAGCUGAAGAAUAUGUCACAUAUGCAAAGAAUCAAGAUUUUUUUUAAAUUACAGGUUAAAUCCUUAAGAGUUAUCUCCCUGAGGGUUAGCAGGAGAUGCGGUGGUUAAGUUGCUGGACUCCCUGGUGACUGACGGUGUUUGAGUCCUGCACCUGGUGGCUUGAGAAUCAUGUGGGGCGUGUGUAUGCAUGCCCAA